AUGCCCUCCCUGAACGACCUUGAGCAAGUCAUGGCACCGCCCUCGCCUGUCAGGACACCCAGGGCUGGCCUGACCCAGCCCUGCCGGCGGCUGCCAGGAAAACAGGUCAGAGCGGUUCGGACCCUGGCGGCUUCACAGCGAGCUCGGCUGGGACACACUCCGCCCGAGCGGGAGGAGGGGGCGGGCCGGGAGGGUGGGCCCCGGCUGCCCCGCCGGGCCCUCCCGCCUCCCUGGGGCUGUCACUCCCACCCCGCUGUCCAGCCCACCCAGGGAGCCGGGGCUGGCCGGCCGGGGCGGAAAGAGCGCCGGCAGCGUGGGCGGGAGCCGGUUCCCACGCUGGAAGCCGGCCCAGCCUCGCGGGGGGCCGGGUCCGCCCCCUCCCACGGCGGGGACCUGGCCCAGCGUGCAGCCCCGCGGGCCCGCACCGCUCUGCAGUGGGCUUGCAGGGAGGCAGCUCGUCUUCACGCGGGGGAGCCUGGUUGCGGCUGCUCCUCUGCCUACAAGGAGGCGGCUCCCAUCGCUGGGAGGUCAGCCGCAGCUGGAUUCCAGGUCCCCGCGGCUCCUGAGAAGCUGUGGACCUGCACGGACUUCUUCUUUGAACCUGAGUUUCCCCUCUGCCUCGGAACACCUCCUGGGGAGGGGGUGGGGGGGGGUGGUGCGUCCCUAGGCUCUGCCGGUGGGGCGCGGGGUGGCCGGCCUCCAGGAAAGGCCAAGGUCAUCCCCGGAGGGCAGGGCCCCCCGCUGGGACCGCUCCCAGCCCAGGCCACUGCCCAGGCCUCCUGA